AUGCAACGGGUUGCGUUGCUCGUCAUUGCCCUGGCGGUUGUCGGCGGUAACUGCGCCCCAGCGGGUGAGGGUAUCCUCGCGGGCUUCGAGCCUAUCGCCGAGGAGGCCAGCUCUGCUUUUGAGACUGUUGGAGACCGUCUAUCGAGUGUCUUCGGUCGCAAGUUGCUGUCCGACAACAAGUGGGAGUCCGCCGUGGCACCCGCUCUUGAGGACGCCAAGGAGUGGGCCGACGAGGCCGGCGAAACCCUUCAGGAGACUUUCGGACGCAAGCUUUCCGAGGACAAGAAGGAUAAGUUCUCUCUCAAGAACUGGCAGGACUCCAUCGCCCCGGCCGUCGAGGACGCCAGGGAGAAGGCCGACAAGUUUGGCGACUCCAUCAAGGAUGCUGCCGAGCACGUCCAGGACACCGUGAAGGAGGCCUUUUCCGGGCGCAGGCUGUCUGAGGACAAGAAGGACAAGUUCUCCCUGAAGAAGUGGCAAGACUCCGUCGGGCCCGCUGUUGAGGAUGCUAGGGAGAAGGCGGAGGAGGCUCUUGAGAAGUUCCAGGACGCCACUGAGGAGGUUGGCGACCGGUUCAAGGAGGCCAUCACCGGCCGCAGGCUGUCUGAGGACAAGAAGGACAAGUUCUCCCUGAAGAAGUGGCAGGACUCCAUUGCCCCCGCAAUUGAGGACGCCAGGGAGAAUGCUGAGGAGACCCUUGAGAAGUUCCGCAACGCUCUGGGUGAGUGA